AAAUUUUAGUGUUCCUGGCGUACGAUGAAGUUGCUGAAAUAGAAAUAUUUAAGUUCAUUGCAAACUGUUCAACUAUCUAAAAAUAGAGAAAUUAUUACCCGUUUCAGCGUAUUUUUAACAUCUGGGUCAUUGCUUAUUUCGGUCACCUGUUACAGAAUAGACGUAACAAAGAUGCGCGCGGAAAAUCGACUUUGCGUCUGCUCAAUGCCGCGCGUAUGCUAGUGCGGCUCGGAGACGGGGACGUGUGGUCGGCUGUUGGCGCGUUUGAUUGGCACUGGUUUGAAGCAGGUGUGAAUCUUACUGUACUGCCGCACUUGUUCAAAUCAUCUACGAACGCUUUGUCAUUUUGUAUUCUAUUACAACGUGGCGAUGGCUGACUCAGCUCCAGCAGACCAGUCCUCAAAGGCCGCCGUGGAGGUGAAGCAAGCCGAGAAGGAAAAAUCACCGAAGUCGUCUCCUUCCAAGGCUGACACGAAUGAAGCACUGCAGCACCUGGUUCAGGGCAAGCGCCACUUGCUGGUGCGUGACAUCCACUCUGCAGUGAACUCGCUGCAGGAGGCCUGCAGGCUGCUGGCCGAACAGUACGGCGAGACAGCUGACCCCUGUGGCGAAGCUUACUUCGCCUACGGCAAGGCUCUGCUGGAGCUCUCGCGCAUCGAGACAGGCGUGCUGGGCAACGCUCUGGAGGGAGAAUCGACAGAGGACGACGAGGACGGCGAGGGCAGCGAGGAGGACGACGCUGAGGAGCAGGCGGCUGCGGACAAGGGGGGUGACAGCGACACGGCGUCUGCCGAGGAAGCGGCCUCCGCCGAGGAAGCGGCCUCCGCCGAGGAAGACGCCGACGCCGGCCGCGCCGGUGACACAUCGCAGGACUGCGACACGGAGGAGGGUGACGGCGACGGCGACGGGGACGGCGACGGGGAUGGGGCGAAGGAAGGGGACGACGGCGAGGACGAGGACGUGCCGAACAUCCAGCUGGCCUGGGAGGUGCUGGAGCUGGCCAAGAUCAUCUUUGCCAGACAAGCGUCGGACCGGCCGUCCGACCUCAAGUUGUCCGAGGUGUACCAAAAGCUUGGUGAGGUCAGCAUCGAGGCCGAGAACUACGCCCAGGCCGUGGACGACCUCAACAACUGUCUGGACAUUCAGAAGAAGCACCUGCAGCCGGACGACCGGCUGAUCGCCGAAACACACUACCAUCUGGGCGUGGCGCACUCGCUGGCCAACCAGUACUCGGAGGCUAUCGCCAGCUUGCAGGCGUCAGUCGACACCAUCCUGGCGCGCGUACAGCGUCUCCAGGGGCAAAUCGUCGACCGCGAGCAAGGCAAAACAAUCGAGCACGACGACCCCUUUUACAAAGAAGAGAAUGAAAUUAAGGAGCUCCAAGAUCUGCUGCCCGAUAUCAAGGAGAAGAUUAAUGACAUGCAAGAGAUGAAGAGUGAAGCGCAAAAGAAAAUCGCCGAGAUGUUCGCCGGCGGCGCCGGGCCGUCCACCUCGGCCGCCCCCAUCUCACCGGUCAAGGUCAUGAUGACGUCACGGCAGGCCACGACGGCGGCCGAGGCCGACGGCGAGCAGAAGGAGGCACGCAGUAUAGGACACCUGGUCAAACGCAAGCGGCUGUCCGGAGAGUCUGCCGAGGAGGAGGCCAAGCGCGCCCGGCAGAACGGCCACGGCGGCGCCAACGACCGCUCCCGCCUGAGGGCUCCCGGACACAGUAAUACAUACAACUCCUUCAUACCUUAG